GUCAUGGCGAGCACGAGCACAAUCAGAAUGCUAAGACCGUUGGGCCAAAAUGGCAUUGCCAAGUAUGGCAUGCGAACGUUCGCAACGAGCCCGGUAGCACGUCUGGCGACCCCUGCUAGUGAGGCAUCUCAAGACAAGGGAUCUUCAAUGGCUGCUGCGCCGAAUAAGAAACCCAGCAAGCCCAAGCAAUUCCAGAUCUACCGAUGGAACCCGGACAAGCCAGCAGAGAAGCCUUACCUGCAAACGUACACGCUCGAUCUAGCGCAGUGCGGACCGAUGGUGCUGGACGCCUUGAUCAAGAUCAAGAAUGAGAUCGAUCCGACACUUACAUUCAGGCGAUCUUGCCGCGAGGGCAUCUGCGGAUCGUGUGCUAUGAACAUCGACGGCGUCAACACCCUCGCUUGCCUCAAGCGCAUCAAUGCAGAGGGCAAAGACGUCAAGAUCUACCCUCUCCCGCACAUGUACAUCAUCAAGGACAUCGUGCCCGACAUGACACAGUUCUACAAGCAAUACAAGUCGAUCGAGCCGUUCCUCAAGGCCGACUCGGAGCCCGCCGAUGGCAAGGAGCACUUGCAGUCGCGCGAGGACAGGCAGAAGCUGGACGGCAUGUACGAGUGUAUUCUCUGCGCUUGCUGCAGCACCGCCUGCCCGUCCUACUGGUGGAACCAGGACGAAUACCUCGGACCGGCCGUGCUCAUGCAGGCAUACCGAUGGGUAGCAGACUCACGAGACUCGGCAAAGGCGGAGCGACUGCAGCGACUGCAGAAUCCGUUCUCGCUUUACCGGUGCCACACCAUCUUCAACUGUUCCAAGACGUGUCCCAAGGGCCUCAACCCUGCCAAAGCGAUCGCACAUCUCAAGCAAGAGCUUGCGAGCUCUUCGCCAUGAUUGUCAGAUCCGGCGGCUGUCGUUGACGCUCGAGCUACCCAGCGCUUUACGCUUUGCUCAUCGAGCUGGGAUGUAGCAUGCAUUUCUGUGUCACAUCAAGCUUGUGCUUCAUCCGAUACCGCGCUCGUGAGAUGUAACAUCAGGAGCGGAACGAUGGCUCAAGAUCGUUCCGUACUGGUGCGCAGACGUUAGAAAACCUUUACAAUAUCACGAUCGAUUUAUCAUAUUAGAAUCGCCAGUGUGACAGUCAUACAUGAUGCAUGCCAAAUGUA